AUGGCCCGGGAUAUACUUUGUAUUCCUGCAUCUGAAGCCCUCGUUGAGCGGGUCUUUAGUACUGCCCAUGCUGUCUGCAAUUAUAGGCGCAACCAGAUGGCCCUUGAGACAAUAAGGGGUAUUAUGCUUGUCUUUUACCGACAGAAAAUUGAACGGGAACAGCUCUUUGAACACUACUCAGUUACGGAUAUUAUUGAUUCAACCUAUAUGAAUGAUGAGGAAAUAUCAUUUGAGUAUAAUGCUCUAAUUGAUAAUAUCCAGGAGAAGAUGGCACUACAGUACAUUCCAGACCGAAGCCCAAGGCAGCCAAAUACCUAUGACCGGACAAGGCGGAACAAAGACCGGUUUGAAUUUGUUCAAUCACGACGAGGUCUCCAUAGCUUGCCAAGGGUACAGCGGUCACAAGGCCAGCAAAGCCAAGUUCGUUACCAAAGUCAAGUUGAUCUCUCAACUUUUGACUUUAUUGACCAUGAGGUAGACGAUUUUGAGGGGGUACCCCCUAGCCAGAGCGAGGGUGAUUAUUUACUACCUUCACUUCCUAUUGCAAAGAAAUCACGGAAGGAUAAUGGGGCCCAGUUGCCCCAGAAGGCAGUAGUUGAAACAGUUGAGUUAAGCCAGUAA